AGAUUUCGAAUUUCGUUGCCAUUUGCGCGCUACUACUGCUGCUGCGGCCAACGACGCGUGUAUGGUUGGUAUGAAAACUAUACGUUUCGGUAUCGUUCGGCGUAUGUGUCGGCAUGGUUUGGGGAUUCCUCACGUGUGCACGACGCAGUGUCGGGCGUUAGGUUAACCUCUUGUCACCGACAGUUACCAGUCUUUCUUCAUCAUCAAUUUCAAUGUCGUUUGCUCCAAGUUAGAGAACAAUUCUUCCCCAACAGGAUAUAUUACAGUCAAGAUGACAACGAAAAAAGGCAAAGUAGCGACCAAGGGUGCGAAGCAGAUAGUGGAGGAGAAUCAGUCCACGCUGAGAUUCUACACCAACAUGGCCUUGGGCGCGAUGGGAAUUUACUUCGCCUUGAUGAUGACGUUGUUCAAUUUUACGACUCUGGCAAUAACUCUAACGGCAUUUUCUGGCAUAGUAUAUGUAGGCAGCUGCCAGUUUAUGCACUAUAUGGCUCGCGCCACUUAUUCAGAGUCUGGUCAGCUUCUGGACUCCGGUGUGGAUCUCAACAUGGAAGGAGGCAUAGCGGAGAAUGUCAAAGAUUUAAUUAUAUUGACAUCAGGAGUACAAGUGUUGUCUCUUGUAUCAAACUACUUUUGGUUGCUGUGGCUCCUUGCACCAUUAAGAGGAGGCUGGAUGCUCUGGAAGCAAGUCUUGUCUCCAUGGUUCUUUGCUGAACCACAAGAAUUGCCUGAAAUGACUGAGAAGAAGCAACGCAAAUUGGAAAAGAAAAUGGCGAGACGUCACUAGUGAAGUUUCCAGGUGUCACAGUGCAAUACAGAAACUCUGUCAGUGGCAAUUGUUUUAUUCAGGGAAUGGGGAAAUAAGCUAAGGAGAUAUUGAGAACAAAAAAGUCGUCGCGAUGUAGGUGGUUCUCUUUUUUACAAAAGAUUCGAGAGUCGUGAUAGUUUCAUAUUUAUGAUAGAAGGUAAGUAGGUCGGACUCAAGGCUUUCGUGGUAUCACGAAGAAAGAUGAGUUUUCUAAUGUCUGAGGAGUCUGCAAAUUAGGAGAAAAUACGUCGUCUUUGCUCAGGCAUUCCAAACGAUAAAUUUGCGAUAGAUCACUUCGACGUUGUUCACAUCGUUAAUUCUGAAAGUUAAUGGUCUUUUGUAAUUAUAGGAAUAACAUAA